AUGUCGCACCGUAUAGCACCUUCUAAGGAACGGUCCUCAUCAUUUAUUUCCAUUCUAGACGAUGAGACAAGAGAUACAUUGAAAUCUGAUGCCUCUAUGAAUGGUGAAACAGAUGUCGAAAAGAGUGAGGGAAAAAGCUCCCGAUAUAUCCCACCAUGGACGACCCCAUAUAUCAUUGGUAUAGGUGGUGCUUCAGGUUCCGGCAAGACAAGUGUCGCUGCCAAAAUCGUAUCGUCAAUUAAUGUCCCCUGGACGGUAUUAAUAUCAUUGGACAAUUUCUAUAAUCCAUUAGGCCCAGAGGACAGAGCUCGGGCAUUCAGAAACGAGUACGACUUCGAUGAACCAGACGCCAUAAAUUUAGAACUGGCAUAUAAGUGCAUUUUGAACUUAAAGGAAGGUAAAAGAACAAACAUCCCAGUUUAUAGCUUUGUCCACCAUAACAGAGUGCCAGAUAAAAACAUUGUCAUAUAUGGGGCCACUGUAGUAGUGAUUGAGGGAAUUUACGCACUAUACGACCCUCAAUUGCUAGAUCUGAUGGAUUUGAAGAUUUAUGUAGAUGCUGAUUUAGAUGUCUGCUUAGCAAGAAGAUUAUCUAGAGAUAUAGUGUCCAGAGGAAGAGAUUUAGAUGGUUGUAUUCAACAGUGGGAAAAAUUUGUGAAACCCAACGCAGAAAAAUUUGUGAAGCCAACCAUGAAAAAUGCAGAUGCGAUCAUCCCAUCCAUGAGUGAUAACGGUACCGCCGUAAAUUUACUCAUCAAUCAUAUCAAGUCAAAACUAGAUCUGAAAUCAGACGAACAUUUGAGGGAACUGAUCAAGUUGGGCUCCUCCCGAUCACAGACUCUGUUCGAUCGUAAAAUGAUCCAUGAAUUGCCGCACACCAACCAAGUUCUUUCAUUGCAUACUAUGCUACUUAACAAAAAUCUAAAUUGUGCAGACUUUGUUUUCUAUUUCGACAGGCUAGCGACAAUUUUACUAUCAUGGGCGCUUGAUGAUAUUCCGGUGGCACGUACAGACAUUAUAACUCCUGGUGGGCACUCCAUGGAAGACGUCGUCACGUGUCAAUUUGAUCAAGUUACCGCGGUGAAUAUUAUACGGUCUGGAGACUGUUUUAUGAAAUCUCUGAGAAAGACAAUCCCUAACAUUACAAUUGGUAAACUAUUGAUUCAAUCGGAUUCACAAACUGGAGAGCCGCAACUGCAUUGCGAAUUUUUACCAGCAAACAUAGAGAAGUUUGGCAAGGUUUUCUUAAUGGAAGGUCAAAUAAUCAGUGGCGCCGCCAUGAUCAUGGCCAUCCAAGUGCUUUUAGAUCAUGGUAUUGACUUAGAAAAGAUCAGCGUAGUGGUUUAUUUGGCGACUGAAGUCGGUAUCAGACGUAUAUUAAACGCAUUUGAUAAUAAAGUCAACAUUUUUGCUGGUAUGGUAAUUACUAGAGAACAUUUGCAAAAUCGUCAGCAUAAAUGGGCAUUGACCAGAUUUCUCGAUUCGAAAUAUUUUGGUUGCAAUUGA